AUGCGUGUACUAGGUCUUCUCGGCGGCACAACCUACAACGCAACCCUCCUCUACUACAAACAAAUAAACGCCUACGUCCAGCACCGUCUCGGCGGCGGCCACUCCUCCAAACUCCUCCUCCACUCCUUCGACCACGCCGAGCUCUUCAGCUUCUUCCAAGCAGGCAACUACAACGAAGUAUCCCGCCAAAUCUGCACCGCGGCAAAGAAUCUCAAGUCCAUCGGUGCAGAAGCCAUCGUCCUCUGCGUAAACACGAAUCAUCGCUGGGCAGAAGAUGUUGAAAAUGCAACACGUCUUCCAUUGUUGCACAUCGUUGAUUUCACGGGUGAUGCGAUUGUUAAACAAGGGUUGAAGAAGGUUGCGUUGUUGGGGACACAGAUUAGACUUUUUGAAGGGGAGGCUGGAGAGGAGGUUUGGGAUUGA